AAUUUUGGAGGUUUUAAAACGAAGACUUUCUGAGAUAAUCUUCUGCCGGAUUCGCGCAUUUUGGAUUCUGCCUUUUCAUUUCCGAAGAGCUACUGCUGCUUUGCUUCCCUGUUCAUUGAACCUCGACAGAGAGAGAGAGAGAGAGAGAGAGAGGGAGGGAGGAGCUAGGGUUUUUGUUGCCAGGGUUUUGUAGCAUAGAACAUGGAGAGAUACAGGGAGAAUAACAACUCUGAAAUGUCGGCUUCAACGGCCGGUCAAAUCCGUACGAGUCCCGACAGCAGCAAGAGACCUGGUAUUCCUCCUUCGCAUCCAAACAAUCCGGCAACCUUUGCUUAUGUCCAGGCAGCAGGGUCUCGUUUAGGUUGUCAGCAACUUAGUUCAAGGAAUUCAAACCCAGGUCCAUCCCAUUCUCGGUCCCUGUCUCAGCCCCCAUUUUUUUCCCUCGACUCCUUACCUCCCUUAAGCCCGUCGCCCUUCAAGGGCUCGUCUAUUUCUCCGACUUCUGAGCUCGGGUCAUUGGAUGUGUCAAUGGAGGAUAAGUCAGGGAGUAUCAGCGGACAGCAGUUGCCUUGGCCAUUUUCUAGAAGCAAUGAGUAUGAGACUUCUGCUAUUUUGAAUAGACUGCCUCCUCGUAAGGGCCAUAGGCGGUCAAGCAGUGAUACACCAUUAGGGUUUUUGGGUAUGGUUCAUUCUUCGUCGUCACCGAAUUCCGUACAUCUUGGAAACAUGGGAAUGAUGAAUCGGCUGGUCCCAAGUUCGAAAGUGGAGAAGCCGAUACAGUUGGUGAAACGGGAAUCUGAGUGGAGUGGUGAUGGUAGGAGUGUGGCUGAAGGGAUAGGCGAGAGGAAACUGGAAGGGGAGCUAACUGAUGAUUUGGUCGAUGCUUACAUGAGCCUGGAUAAUAUCGGCUCUCUAAGCUCGGGAGCCACUGAAGAAAAGGAUUUGGACAGCAGAGCGAGUGGUUCAAAGACAAAUGGAGGAGGAGAUAGCAGUGAUAACGAGGUUGAAAGUGCUGCAUCGAGGAGGAGGGAAGGGAUAAAGAGGACUGCUAGUGGAGAUGUUGUGCCAACUGGACGGCACCAAAGAAGCGUUUCGGUGGAUAGCUACAUGGGGGCAGAUUUUCUUUUCGACGAUGCAUCUCUAAAGGCUUCUCCUCCUCCAUUGGGAACUCAAGCUGGUCAACAGUUUCCGAGUGAAUCGGGUUUGAAAAACUUGAACUUUGAGUUUGCAAGAGGAGAGUUCAGUCAAGCAGAACUGAAGAAGAUCAUGGAGGAUGAGAAGCUCGCUGAAAUUGCGUCAUCAGAUCCCAAACGUGCCAAGAGGGUUUUGGCUAAUCGUCAAUCUGCUGCUCGUUCAAAGGAGCGUAAGUUGCGUUAUAUUGCUGAACUGGAACAUAAAGUGCAGACCCUACAGACAGAAGCCACCACCUUGUCUGCUCAACUUACAAUAUUGCAGAGAGAUUCAGCUGGACUUGCUAAUCAAAACAAUGAGUUGAAAUUCCGGCUUCAGGCCAUGGAACAACAGGCACAACUCAAAGACGCGUUGAACGAGGCGUUGGCUACGGAAGUUCAGAGGCUGAAGAUAGAGUCAAUGGCGGCAGAGUUCGGCGGGGAGAACCAUAUCUCGGACCAAAUGGCUCGACAGCUCUCCAUUCAGUCUGGUGUGCUCCCAACUCAAUCUCACAACAACAUCUAUCAACAGCACCACCAGACUCAUCAGAGUCCACAGACCGAACAGGGAAGCUCGGAGGAAGUAAAAGAGCCCUUGUAAGUUGUUCCAGAUAUGUUUUUCUUUGUUUUCAGACAGGGCGAAUCUGAUCCAACACUUUCAGUUCAGAGUCUCUUUUGUUCUCUGGGGAUUAUUAGCUUCCUAGUUUGUUUAUUUGUCUUAACUCCGUUGCCUUAAUUUUUUGUUGUCGCAAGAUAACCUGAAUUGUCUGUCUCUGUAUGUGUAUGCUCAUUUUUAAAUGAUAUUCGUUUUAUCUUUC